UUGUUGUACACAAUCGACAAUACUUUUGGUGACAUCGAAGGCAAGCUUGUGGGUGAUUUAGGCUGUGGUUGCGGAGUUUUAAGCAUCGGUUCUUGUAUGCUUGGCAGUGCUAUGACUUUUGGUUUCGAUGUAGACAGCGAUGCUUUGGAAAUCGCGUCAAAAAACUGCGUUGAAUUUGAGCUUCGAACAUGCGAGUUGAUUCAGUGUGAUGUACAAGAAUUUUCACCGUGUGACAGAUGGAGCAAAGCGUUUGACACGAUUAUAAUGAAUCCACCGUUUGGCACAAAGAACAAUAAAGGUAACCUUGGCAAAAGGGUUGUUUUUAGGAUCUUCUUCUAGGGAUAAGACAUCAGAAUAAUGGUCAUGGACAGGUGUUGGAUUUCAGGUGGGGGUGGUGGGGAGGGGGGCCAACAUUCCUGAAGUCAAGCUCUCUAUUUUCUCACAAUAUUCCAUAAAACCUUGGGAGAGCUUAAUCACAUGCUCAAUGAAGGGCUGGAGUCAGCUAACUCCCCUGAGUUUAACUUGAGGAUGUUCCAUUUAAUUUGAUUAAAAUUAAAUGGUGAAGACCAGCAAGACAUGGUUUAAAUGUUGCAAUAAAUGACAAAGUGACUGUCAAAGGCCAUGAUAUUAAUUCUUUGUGAGAAAGUCAUGUUUAAGACUUUUAGUGUCUUCUUCUCUAGGGAUUGAUCUGAAUUUCUUACAAAAAGCAAUCAGUAUGACCAGAACAGCUGUGUAUUCUCUUCACAAGACAGCAACAAGAGAAUACAUCAAGAAGAAAGCAUCAGAAUGGGGAGUGAAUAUGGAAGUAUUAGCUGAACUGAGAUUUAAUUUGGCAGCCAGCUACAAGUUUCAUCGCAAAAAGACUGUUGACAUUGAGGUAGACUUCAUAAGGAUAGAUUGUUCAGGUUGCUAG